CACCCCUCAAUCGAAGGGGUCUAUGAGACCCGUGUGCCGUUGCUCUUCCGGGCUCUGUUGCAACUGGGCAACGCAGGACGCCUGGCUGCGGCUGCAGCCGCGACGGCAUCAUCGGCGGCCUCUGCCAGCUCCUCCGGGCCUGGUGCCGAUGCCGGGCUCUCCUUUGAACUGGAUGCCCUGCAUCUGGAUGGCGACUGGCCGGCCAACAACUAUCUGGCCAAUACCGAAGGGCUGGAUCGGACCCUGCCUCGGUCGGGUCACGGGUCUCGGGCCCUGGCAGCCGGGCCGGCCGAGCGCCGGGCCGUGCGCCACGUCUUCCUCCAUGUGUCUGGCUCGCCAGAUGGCAAGCGCCUGCUUUUGGGCCUGGCCGUGCCGGAUACCGGCCGGGUGCACACAUUCAUCUGCGGCGCGCCGAAUGCCCAGGGUCUUGGCAAUAUGGCCCGCCUCUAUCGCGAGGCGCUCAGCUCGUUCCGCGAGCAUACGGCCACGGACCCCUCCACGCCGGCCUCCUUCGAGUAUCCGGAGGAGGUGACCGUGUCCUCGCGCGUGGUCAAGGCCCUGGAUGAUGCAACCUUGCGCUCGGUCAGUGGCAUCAUCAGUGCCCUGGUGGCCGAGCACCGGGGCUCGGUGAUGCUCAAUGUGCAGGUCCAGCGCCUGGCACACAGCCCGACCGAGCUGGGGGCCCUGACGCAUGUUGUCGGACGGAUCAAUCACUUCCUCGACACGCCGGUGCCCUUCCUCCGGGUGCCCUUCCCGCAUCGCGGGGAGGCCCUCGACGCCGGGGAGGGUGGCGAUCCGCUUCUGUGGCAAUCACGCGCUGGACGCCUUUUCCUGGCGCAGUUCCUCGGCUGCUCGGGCUUCGUGGCCGAGCAGCUGGCCCUUGCCCGGAUGGCGCGGCUGCCAUUGUGUAACCUGUCCGGGCUGGGGGCCCCGUUGGCCGGGCCGCCGUUGGCCGGUGGAGACCACAUGCUCCUGAUUUCGGACAUUCUCUUUGCGCGCGUGCUCAAGAGCCAUGAUUGCCUGAUCUGGGCCUCGGCCACCCCGCUGCCGGACCUCGGUGGCAAGGAGCACGAGGAGGCCGUCCUGCUCGGGGACGAGCUGGACUUCCUGCGUCAGACCGGCAGCGGUGGCUCGAGCGAAAGCGCCUCGGCCUCGGGCGGGCGAUCGACCGCCACCACGGCCGGUGUGGCCUUGCUGGGGGACUCGGUCGUGCCGGCGGUCAGUCGUGCCGGCGCCUACCGCACGGUGUCCGUGGAGUUGGACUUGUCGAACUUGCCCUUCGCCGCGGUGAUCGCCUCCUCGCACAUGAGCGACUCCAGUGACUUGCUGUUGGCGGCGGAGGCCGCCGCACCGGGGGCCACGCUGGAGGGCGUCGGCCGGGGGCCCGGGGCCCCUGGCGCCGGUGCAGCCAGCUCCAAUGCCCCACUUGCCGGGCCGGAUUCCCUGAGCGUCGAAGUUCGCCGGGGGGCCGGGGCAGCCGGUGCGGCGGCCCGUGAGGCUGCCCUGGCGGCCGGGGCCGACGAGGUGGCCGCCCAGGCGGCCGGCGAGGAAGCCGUCGCGUCCUUCCUCCUGACGGCCGCCCUGACGGAGCCGUCGGCCCUGCUUCUGGUGGACGAGUAUUCGGCGGUGUAUUCGGCCUUCCGGCUGCUGAAGGCCCUUCUGGGUGGGUGGUCUUUCGAGGCGCUGAAGCGCAACCGGGACCGGGCCAGCAGUGGCAGCGGCAACUCCCCGACGGCCCUCUUUGCGGAGCUCCUGCUGCGGAAUUUCAACCGCUGGCUGCGCACCCCCGGGUCGCUGAUGUAUGACCCGCUGCUGUUGCGGCACAUCCGGCGCCUGGUUCGGCGGAUUUUCGCCCGCCUCCGGGGCGAGGUCGAGCGUCUGGGCAGCACGGUGGUGUAUGCGGACCUGAACAAGCUGAUCAUCAACACCAACAAGACGACAUUGGCUCACUCGAAUGCCUAUGUGCGUUUCCUGGUGGGAACCAUUCGCAAGCAGCCGCUCUUUGCCUGGGUGGCCAUGAAGCCGGUUCGCGUGUGGGACUAUCUUCUCUGGCUGGAUCGGGCCAAUUUCGGUGGGUGCGCUUUCGAGGAGCAUGCCCCGGCUGGCGAUGGUACCGCCACCACUGGCGGCGGCUCCUCCGCGGCCCAGCCUCUGGUGCUGAUGCACUGGAAUAUCCAGCGCUUCUUGCCCCCGCGCCUGGAAGCCCUCUUCCAGUCAAUCAUCCACGAGCUGAUUACCCUGGUGCAUGCACGCAUCGGCGAGGAGCGCACUUACUCGCUGCUCACUCGGCGCCUGCAGUUCCUCCAGCCCUUGCCGCAGGGUGACUCGGCAGCCGGGGACCGACAUGAAGACGCGGCCGCGGCGCAGGAGGCUGCCCGUGCCGAGGCCGCAUCCGCUGCCCAGCUGGACCCCUUCGACUUUGACACGCUGCUGGAUGCCCCUGUGCCGGACCUCCCGGCCGCGGACUCCGGAGCGCCAAGCCUGCUGGAUGCUCGCACCUACGCCGAGCGCCUGGUCAUCAACCAUAUUGGGCACCUGCUGCUGCUGCCGCCGGUCCAUGAGAUGUUCCGUUCCGGGGUGCGCUUUGUCAGCCAGUCGGCCUGGGAUCAGAUUGUGGCCGAUCGCCGGGCAACCUUCCAGGCCCGGCGUGACCGGUACCAGGCCGCGCGCCGGCGCGAGGAGCAGGACCUCUCGGAUGCCGAGGACGAGGAGGCCGGGGCCUUCGGCGAUGCCGAGGAAGACCGGUACCUAUCGAGCGAUGAAGAGGAGCGCAACCGGCUGCUCUUCGGCUCCUCCUCCGACGAGGCAGAGAGCGAGGAGGAUGACGACGAAGAGGAGGGCUACAGCUCCGAGGAGUUCCUCUCCGACGAGCACUUUGCCUCCGAGGUGGACGAUCUCAGCGACGGGGACUUUGGCAUGAGCAGACGCACGGCCCGUGCGGCGGCGCGCCUUGACCGUCUGAGCGACAAUGAGACCGACCCCGGCAUCGGCCAUGGCGAUGACCUGCUCAGCCGGUUUGGCGAGUCGGACGAGGACGAGCAGUCCCGGCCGAAGAAGGCGAAGCCCACCGACCGGGGCUCUCCAGCUCGAGAGGCGCGGGUCCUGGCCCGGCAUUCGGACAGUCGCGAUGCUCCAUCCGGGCGCCGUGCUGGUCGGUCCGGGCGCCCCACCGGGUCCGGGCGUGGGGCAACACGGCCGGCCCGUCCGGCCCGGUCGCCAUCGCCCGGGCGCCAGGCCGAGAUCGCGCGGCGCCAGGCCGAGCGCGACGCUCGACGCCAGGCGCGCGAGGAGGCGCGCAACGCCAUCCUCCUGGAGGGUGCGGAUCUUGUGCUGCCAGCCCCACCGGGAAGUUACCUCGACCCGCUGGUGUGUCCGCCGCUGGUGGAGUUCGUCAAGUAUGUCAUCCAGGUGAUUGCCCUGGAUCGGCAGUUUGAGCGCUCGGUUACCGUCCUGCGAAAGAACUCCCUCUCCCUGAUGGGGAUUGGCGAAUUUGCCUCGGGCGCCAUCUUCCGGAACCCCUGCUUGUCGUUCCUCCUGACGGAUGUGAUCUGCUCAUUCUGCCACAGCUGCCGCGAGGUGGACCUCUGUCGGGAUAUCGAUGCCAUCGGGCCGGACCAGCAGAGUUGGAUUUGUCUGGAUUGUGACAACCUCUAUGACAAGGCCAAAAUCGAGCAGCGCCUGAUCGAGCACCUCUACCGGCGUGUCACCGCCUUCCAGCAGCAGGACCUCGCCUGUCGGCGCUGCGGCACGGUAAAGGACAACCUGAUGCAGCGGUUCUGCAAGUGCUCCGGCACCUUUGAGCUGGCUUUCAGUGUCGAACACAUCCGUGAACUGCAGUACCGGCUUAGCAUGCUGCACGGAAUGGUGCGGAGGCUGGCCAACCAGAGCAAUAUCACGCUUUCGUCCCCGGGCUGA